AUGGGCAAAAACAGAAAGUCCAAGCGCCAAUUGAUUCGUGACGAAAAACGCGCCAAGAAGCGCGGCCACGAGAACGCCGAAGAGGAAGUCCGCGAUGCGAAACGCCAGCGCCGCACCGACGGCGACGAAGAGCACAACGCCGAUUUCAUCCCCCUCGACGGCGGCAAUGGAGAUAUCCCCGGAUUCGUGAUUGAUACCGUCGGAGACAAGCGCAGGGCUCAUAAAUAUGAAGGGGGAGAGGUAGAGGCAGAGAUCAACGGCCAUGGCGGUGACGGUGGCGGUGGCGGUGGUCCGGGAAGCUUCGAAAGGGAAUUCUUUGGCAUGCUCGCCGAGGAGGAGCAGGAAUAUUUCCGACACGCCGACGAAUUACUCGAGUUGAACGAUUUCCCAUCCGAGGAGGAGAAGACCAUCUUCUUGGCGAAUGUCUACAAGGAGGCCAAGGGCAAGGAGUUGAAGCUGGCCAGCUCGCAGUCUUGCUCGAGGCUGAUGGAGAGGUUGAUUCUGCUGUCGAAUACGAAGCAGAAGAAGAGCAUGUUUGAUGCGUUUUCGGGGCACUUCAUCAGUCUGGUCACGCACAGAUUUGCGAGCCAUUGCUGUGAGAAGCUGUUUUUGCAGAGCGCGCCGGUGGUGACGCAGGAGUUGGCUGGGGAGGUGCCUGAGGAGGUGCCGGUGGAGGGUCAGGAAGAGGAGGAGUUGACCGAGAACCAGAAGAUGAGCAUGGAGGAUCUGUUUCUGUUGACACUGGAUGAGUUUGAGGAGCACCUUUCGUUCUUGCUGUCGGAUCGAUAUGGGUCGCACGCCCUGCGUGUGCUGCUAUUGGUUCUGGCCGGGAGACCUCUGAAUCAGGCUGGUGUCAAGUCAUUGCUGCAGGGCAAGAGCAAGGAGUAUGUUACAGUCGAAGGUGCUGCGGCUAACGCGAGCGAGCUCAUUUCACAGACAAGGACUGUUCCGUCCUCAUUUACUGCCGCUAUCCAGAAGAUUAUCGUCGAUUCGACAGCAAACCUGGAUGGAGCCGCCCUGAGAGUCCUGGCCAAGCACCCUACUGGAAAUCCGACUUUGCAACUUUUGUUGGACUUGGAGCUCUCCAUGGCGCCAAAGGGCAAGAAGAAGGCGAAGAAGGGCGAAGAGGAGGAGAGGCAGGAAGAGCCAGUCAAGGAGACACUACUCGAGAAGCUUGUGCCCGGCGCGCCGGCAUCGUUCGCCGAGGAGACCUCGCCGGCAUGCGAAUUCGUCAACAGCAUGGUCUACGACCCAAUCGGAUCCAGACUUCUCGAGACGCUCAUCACCCACUGCCCAGGCAAAGUCUUCAAGGGCCUGCACGCUCACAUCUUUGGACCACGGAUCCAGAGUUUCCUCAGAAACGACAUUGCCUCGUACCCAGCCAUCAAGGUUCUCAACCGUCUCAGCAAGGAAGAUUUGGCCGAUGCUGUUGAGAAGUCCCUCCCCGAGUUCGGGGCUCUUCUUGAAAAGGGGCGCCUCAAUGUGGUCAGGACGUAUUUUGAGCGCUGCCAUGUUCGUAACGCGACUGCACAACUCGACCAGCUUCUUCAAGCGCUGACCAAGGCCUGCAACAACAACUGGAAGCACAUCGUACCCAAGCUGUGCCCUCUUGAGGAAGAGAACGAGGAGGACAAGUCCAAAGAGAAGAAAUUCCAGCCUGCUGAGGUCAAGAACAAGACUGCUCUCCUGUCGCAUGGUUGCCAGAUCGUCAGCACUCUGCUUUCCAUCCCAGGGAACCCUGCCAAGGCGAUGCAAACCUCUCUCUUGGCCCUCCCAGCUGACAAGAUUCUGCGCAUGGCAACCUUGAAUGCUCACACUGCUGGCAUCGUCACCAAGGCUCUCAGCACGCCACCUCAGCUCCCUCACUUCCACAAGUUGUUUGUCGCCGCCAUGCUGCCCAACAUCAUCGAUAUGGCCCUGACUCAUCACGGCAACCCCAUCGUCUGCUCCAUCAUCACAAUGGCCUCCAAGGGUGACAAGGACGUGCCGGUGGUGCCUUUCCACCUGAAGGAGAAUGUUAUGGCUAAGCUCGAGCAGCGUGAGUCACAGCUGAGGGAGAGCUGGCUGGGGCGAAAUGUGUGGAGGUCGUGGAAGGGUGAUCUGUGGUCUAAUCGCCGGCAUGAUUGGGUGAGGUGGGCAAAGGAGACGAAUCCGGAGGAGUUGCGGCUGGCUGCUGCUGCUGGGGGCGCCAAGACUCUGGAGAAGCAGGAGGAGGCGCUCAAGAAGAGGACUGAAGCGCUACAAGAGGAGGCUUUCCCUGAGGAAAUGGAAGAGGACCAACCAGAAGAGUCGGAGCCGGUGAAGGUGAAAAAGGAGAAGAAAGAAAAGAAGGAGAAGAAGGAGAAGAAGGAGAAGAAGGAGAAGAAGGAGAAGAAGGAGAAGAAGGAGAAGAAGGAGAAGAAGGAGAAGAAGGAGAAGAAGGAGAAGAAGGAGAAGAAGGAAAAGAAGGAAAAGAAGGAGAAGAAGCCAAAAGUAGAGGAGGACGCGAUGGAGAUUGAUGGUUGA